CUCCCACGGCUCUGAAUCGAAUUUGGAUAUGGGUAUUUUUGUUCUUGCGUUUAGGAGUUUACCGGUUGGUUCGGUUUGGAUUCGGUUCUGUUUGGUUGGAUAGUGCAUCCAUCUAUUUGUCUGUUUUCGUUCGUUGUUUAUUGCUCAUUAUUCGCAUCAUUCUGUUUAUACGUUACUCCUGUACAUGGCCUGUUGUUGUUGUAGUUCUGUAGAAACGAGCUGGUAGACGUAUCUAUCGUUAGCAUUUUAUAUCGCAUCGUAAUAUAGCACAUUCAUACACAUACACAUGCAUAUACACAUAUACAUAUACACAGUGGCGGAAAUGUACAUGUCACAUCCUAUCCAUGUAUUUAUUCCUCCUCAUCUCCCCAUCUUCUCCUCAGACCUUGCCCUGUUCCUGGCUAGGCCAACUAACUUACACACGGGUAUAUAUGUAUGUAUGUAUGUACAUGUGUAUCGCCCAACAUGCGACGUCCAGCAUCCCACAUCCCAUCCUCGGAUAUAUCAACCCACCCACCCAUCGCCCAUAAACGUCCCAUAUAUUUUGGGGAAAAGAAAAACAAAGCAAACCCCCGCGCCGCGCCGUGCCGUUUCGCUACUCGUUACAUCGUCAACGCUUGAUAUGUACUGGAGUCGACGCACCCCGAAGCCAAAAAAGGCGAAAAAGAAAGGUAAAGUAGAAAAAAGAAAAAGAAGAUGAACCAAAAGGUGCGCGGAACCUUUUAUUUUCCCCACGCGCCUCGCCGCCCACAUUGACAAACAAAACAAACAAGACAAGAUAAGGCUAGAAGCGCAAAACAA